AUGAAAAGUAUCUCAACUGCAUUGACUCAUGGAGUAUACCAUAGCAAAGCCCAGGAGUGGGACCAACAUGGAAAGAUCAUUGCUGAAUACAUCUGGAUCGAUGGAACUGGACUUAAUCUCAGAUCCAAGUCCAGAACUCUCUCAGGAAAGAUAAAUGAUGUUUCAGAGCUACCAGAGUGGAACUUCGAUGGUUCUUCAACAGAGCAAGCAGCUACUGAAGAUUCUGAAAUCAUUAUCAAGCCAGCUGCUUUCUUCCCAGAUCCAUUCAGAGGUGGGGACAACAUCCUUGUCAUGUGCUCUACUUACAGAUGGGCUGAUUCCGAGAAGACUAAGUUGACCCCAGCUAACACCAACUUCAGACAUUUUACUGAACCAAUUUUCGAGGCUGGUAAAGAUGAACAUCCUUGGUUUGGAAUUGAGCAAGAGUACACAUUGUUUGAAUGCACCAACGCCUUUACUAAGUGGCCACUUGGUUGGCCUGAGGGAGGAUUCCCAUCUGCUCAGGGACCAUACUACUGCUCAGUAGGUGCCACUACUUGCUUCGGAAGAGCCAUUAUGGAUAUUCACUACAGAGCCUGUCUUGCUGCUAAGGUAAAUAUCUCUGGAACUAAUGGAGAAGUCAUGCCAGGACAAUGGGAGUUCCAGAUCGGCCCAUGUGAAGGUAUCUCUAUCGGUGACCAUCUCUGGAUGGCUAGAUACUUAUUAGGAAGAGUCACUGAAGACUUCAAUGUUGGACUCUCCUUUGAACCAAAGCCACUAAAAGGUGACUGGAAUGGAGCUGGAUGCCACACAAACUUUUCUACUCAAGCUAUGAGAGAAGAAGGAGGUAUCAAGGAGAUCUAUGAAGCUGUUGAGAAGCUCUCAAAGAGACACAAGGAACAUCUUGAGGUCUAUGGCCUCGACAAUGAACAGAGACUCACUGGUAAACACGAGACUUGUGACAUGGAUACCUUCAGAUCUGGACUAGGAGACAGAGGAGCCUCAAUUAGAAUUGGAACUUCAGUGAACCUAGACAAGAAAGGAUAUUUCGAAGAUAGAAGACCAGCAUCCAACGUUGAUCCAUACCUUGUAGCAGCCAUGCUUGUCUCUACAUGUGUUGCAGGAAGUGAACAUGAAGAGGGACUUGUUGAACAUUACAGAAAGUGGGCAGAGGAGAGAAAGGCUAUUGAGAACUCUUCAUAA